AUGGAUAACUCUGAGGGCGGCACGUCAUCCGAGCCCGAGAGCGGAACGCCACGGCCGUCGUCCCGGCAGCCCUCCCGCUUCUCCGAGCACGGCGAGCCCGGAUUACGACGGGAAACCAAGCAGCAGCGACGACGGCAGCAACGACGGCGGCGGGGGGAUGGUCAGGAACAGCUGCUCCGGGAGACGGCACGGCAGAGGUUGCCGGGCCAACGCGAGCACUCGGAGGCGUGCGGCUCAGUGAGCGACGCAGCGGAAAGUUCGCCUAAGAGGAGAGCUCAUUUCCUUCAUGGACCCUAUCCAGCCACUAACUUCGGACCCAAAGCCUGCAUUCUGCCUAACCCCACUUCAGUCAUGCACAUCCAAGACCCGGCAAGCCAGCGCCUCACCUGGAAUAAACCUCCCGUCAAUGUCCUGGUCAUCAGGAAGAUCCGAGAUGAAAGCUUGGUAGAGCCUUUCAAAGACCUGUGUCGCUUUUUAGUGGAGGAGAAACAAAUGAUGGUGUACGUGGAACGGCGGGUGGCCGAUGACGGGACGCUGUCCAAGGAUGAGAACUUUGGCUCCAUCCGGAAUCAGCUGUGCACCUUCAGAGAGGGCUACGAUGACAUAUCGAACUGCAUCGACCUGAUCAUCUGCCUGGGCGGAGACGGCACGCUGCUCUAUGCCUCUUCUCUUUUCCAGGGAAGCGUUCCCCCCGUGAUGGCGUUCCACCUUGGUUCGCUGGGCUUCUUGACACCCUUCAAAUUUGAGUCGUACAAGACCGAAGUGGACAAAGUUUUUGAAGGAAACGCUGCCAUCACCUUGCGCAGUCGCCUGAAGGUGAAGGUGGUGAAGGAGAUGUUUGAGAGGACGGCCGCCGCGCAGCUGCAGCGGCAGGGACAAGACGGCGAACAGGAGCAUAACGGCCUUGUUCCUCACCGCUACAUCAGCAGUGAGGCGGGGAAGGUCACCUUGCAGCUCCAGGUCCUCAAUGAGGUGGUGGUUGACCGCGGACCUUCAUCCUACCUGUCCAACGUGGACUUGUACCUGGACGGCCGUCUCAUCACUUCGGUGCAAGGCGACGGCGUGAUCGUGUCCACGCCGACGGGCAGCACGGCGUACGCGGCAGCAGCAGGGGCAUCCAUGAUCCACCCCAAUGUGCCGGCCAUCAUGGUGACGCCCAUCUGCCCGCACUCGCUCUCCUUCAGGCCCAUCGUGGUGCCUGCUGGGGUGGAGCUCAUGAUCACCUUGUCCCCCGACGCCAGGAAUACGGCCUGGGUUUCAUUCGAUGGCAGGAAAAGACAAGAGAUCCAACACGGUGAUUGCAUCAAAAUCACGACAUCAUGCUUCCCCGUGCCGUCCAUCUGCUGCCACGACUUGGUGUACGACUGGUUCGAGAGCCUUGCUCAGUGUCUGCACUGGAACGUGCGCAAGCGCCAGACGCGCCUGGCCGACGCGUCCGACACGGAGAACUGA